AUGGCACGAUACGCCGGACUCAACUCGAGCCUGGCCUUCCUGGCUUGGGCCGACGACUCGUACUGGCCGCUCAUCGGAUCGGUGGCAAAGCUGUCGCUAGCGGACAUGGCGUCGUUGGUGUUGGCUCUCUCGGGUGACGAUCGACGCGCAGGGGCUAUUGCCGACUGCUUCCAUGCCCUCCCGCCGCUGUGGCGCGGCAUGAUGGCUUUUACAGCUCUCAGUGACGUUGUCUCGGCUGCUCGGCACGAUGCGCCCCUCCUCGCGCUCUUGCCCUAUGCUGUCCCCGAGAUCAUCAGCAUUCCGCUCCUCUGUGAGAGCGAGCAUGUCAUGGCCGAUUUCAUCACCGCCGCCGCGCAGCCGUAUCGCUGCUCGGUCGAUGGCCGCAAGUACACGCCGACGGACGCAGAGAUGCGGGGACGGAGUGCGCUCAUCAAGCGCUUCCGUGUCGGCGUCCGCAAGAGCAGGCUCGGCGCCUCGCUGCGCUUUCUCGACUCGCUGAUGCGGGAGAUUCCGGUCCGCUACGGGUUCUUCAGUAUGAUGUUCCUCCUCGAGAACCUCUCCCACAUGGUCGAGGGCCUCGGCGCCUCGCUCCGGGGCACCCACGACGACGAUGCGCUUGUCGAUCUGAUCUUCAAGCCCGAGUACCACUCGCUUCUUCUCCGCGUUCGCACCAACGUCCUCGUCGCCUUUACCGCCCGCCUCUCCCUCCUUGUCAUGCAGCAUGGAAGCAUCCCGCCGCCUGGCGCCCGCUACACCCUCCCCCCGCCGCACAUCCCGGCCGACCAGCUCGCGCUCGGCGCCCGCCUUGGCUUGGAUGGCCUCCGCCGCCUGCUCUGUGGAUCGGCGGCUACGGCGGGUGACCUGCGCUCGCUCGUCGAUCUCCUGGUCUGGCCCGAGACGCAGCCGGAGCCCGAGCCGGGCGUCAAGAGUAGGCCGAACCCACCCGCCCAUAGCUCCGAGUACAGCUACGAGUCGUACUCGGACGAUGAUGUGCAGGAGGCGCCGGCUGGCCUCUCGACAGAACCUGCUGCAUCGGCCGCGGGCUGUGCCUCCUGCGGCAAGGCCACCGAGGCGCUCAAGAGAUGCUCGCGCUGCAGGGCCGUCCGCUACUGCUCUCGGGCGUGCCAGGUCGGCCACUGGAAGACGCACAAGCCGCAGUGCCAGGCGACUGGGGAAUCGUGA